AUGAAGCUCUCACACCUUGGACUUUUCGUGGCUACAAGCCUCCCCUUUGUGGCCUCUUUGCCCCAACGCUUCACCCCGACGAUCUCGCCCUCGCGCAUCAACAUCACUACCUCGCCCAACCGUGAUACGUUCGUGGCCCCCGGAAAACGCACCAAGAGGCAAGACCUCAUAGGAAAUCUGGGAGACGAUGUUUCGGGCGAUCCAUACAGAAACGACAAGUGGAUCGAGAAAGUAGAAAUCGAAUUUCACCCCGAGAAAGACUUCACUGGCCAUGAAGCCUUAGGCAUGAACGUCAUCCCCGUCACCCCCAUCCCCCUCAAUAAAUGCUGCGCCUAUUAUGCGUCGGGCCUCGAAGAAAUCGGGUCGCUCAAGAUCGGGAGAAAGCUCUGGCAGCGGGGCUUGUUUGGCAAGACGAAGGAUUUCGCCCCAUUUCAGGGCACUUGCCAUUUCUAUGCUUCCGGGGUAGAGGAUUGUAAAACCAAUGGCGAUACGAAAGACAGGGCCCAUGUGACACUCAGUGGGGAGAUAGCGGAUGUCAAUGAGUACAUCGAUGGGCUCGGUAGCUUUUAUUGCACGAAUAUUGCGAAUAGCGGGAAUGAGUAG